AUGGCUUCCAAAAAGCUGCAGCAGGAAAUGGUUCAGGUCGGUUCGUCCUCCUCACCAUUCUGGCGCACCUCAUCGUCCAACAGCAAGCGUGAAGCCAGUCUUGCUGGCGAGAGAAAGGUCUUUGGAGCUUCCUACUCCCAUGCAGACAUCCUCAACUUCGACAAUCUAAACAUCUCCAACAGCAGCACACCACGUCCACACACACCACCCUCGCGCGACAAUCGACCGCCCUUGAAGUCCUCGACCAGUCUCUCGCCCCCAGCACCACGCCGCUCCUACUCCAACUUCUUUGGCGAAAGCACAAAGACCUACGAUUCACCCCAAGAUGAGGAAGCCUUGGACUUUGACGAAGAUGAGGACGAGUUUGGACUACCCAGCAUAGCGAGCAUGAGGAGGAAAGGCAAAAGACAAAUCGCAAAGAAGAAGAGGGACCCAGGAGGCUCACAGUCCUCUUUGACCACCGUCCCGUCAGCUACCGCGACACUAGCUUCAUGGUCCAUGAACAACGGAGACAUCGCCGAGGAACGCAGCUUGCCAAACUAUCCUACCACAAAGCGAUCAGACGGCAAGAUCCUCCGACCACAGUACAAAGACAUCCUCAGAGACCCUGCGAAUGCCCUCCACUUGAUCAAUCACGCUCCAGCUCCGUUAAACGCCUCUCCUAAAGAAGUCGAAGCCCACUCAGCCCGCAUCACACGCAUCAACAAGUUCAAACGUAUUCUACAAGCCUCGUCGAUCAACCUGGCAGAGUUGCGCGACUCUGCCUGGUCUGGACUACCUGAAGAAGUCAGAGCCAUGUCAUGGCAGAUCCUACUCGGCUACCUUCCAACAAAUAGCGACAGAAGAGUGGCUACGCUGGAACGCAAGAGAAACGAAUACCUGGAAGCUGUGCGACAAGCUUUCGAAAAAGGAACAUCUACAAAUGAAGCCGAGUCUGUCAUUGGUAUUGGCGGCAUCUCCUCAUCACCAGCGACUCAACGAGGCAAGGGUCGUGGCUUGGACGAGGCUAUAUGGCAUCAGAUCAGUAUCGAUGUGCCGCGGACGAAUCCACAUCUUGAGCUGUACAGCUUUGAAGCAACGCAGAGGUCUCUUGAGCGGAUACUGUACGUUUGGGCUAUCCGUCACCCAGCAAGUGGCUACGUACAAGGGAUCAACGAUUUGGUCUCUCCGUUCUGGCAAGUCUUCCUCGGCAUGUAUAUCACAGACCCAGAGAUCGAGUUCGGCAUGGAUCCUGGACAACUACCAAAACAAGUUUUGGACGCUGUGGAGGCUGAUACUUUCUGGUGUCUUACCAAACUUCUUGACGGCAUCCAGGACAACUAUAUCCAUGCACAGCCUGGCAUCCAGAGACAGGUGGCUAGUCUUCGAGAUCUGACCACGCGUAUUGAUGGCAACCUGGCAAAGCAUCUCGAGAAUGAAGGAGUUGAAUUUAUCCAGUUCAGUUUCCGAUGGAUGAAUUGCUUGCUCAUGCGCGAGAUCAGUGUCAGGAACACCAUCAGAAUGUGGGACACGUAUCUGGCCGAGGACCAAGGAUUUUCUCACUUCCAUCUUUACGUCUGCGCUGCCUUCUUGGUCAAAUGGUCCGACCAACUGCUCAAGAUGGAUUUCCAAGAAAUCAUGAUGUUCCUACAAGCUUUGCCAACUCGCGGCUGGAACGAGAAAGACAUUGAACUUCUUCUGAGCGAGGCCUUCAUCUGGCAGAGUCUUUUCCGAAACUCCAAAGCUCACAUUCAGAAAAGCUCUCAGAACGGACCUCUGUCAGUCACGCUAUAA